CGUCCAGUCGGAAACAGCACAUACACAGAUUCACCUUAAGUCGGCGUUACCUUGCAGGACGUACUGCUUUAUUCUCCGUUACUCUAGCCGGCGUUACCUUGCAGGACGUACUGCUUUAUUCUCCGUUACUCUAGCCGGCGUUACCUUGCAGGACGUACUGCUUUAUUCUCCGUUACUCUAGCCGGCGUUACCUUGCAGGACGUACUGCUUUACUCUCCGUUACUCUAGUCGGCGUUACCUUGCAGGACGUACUGCUUUACUCUCCGUUACUCUAGUCGGCGUUACCUUGCAGGACGUACUGCUUUAUUCUCCGUUACUCUAGUCGGCGUUACCUUGCAGGACAUACUGCUUUAUUCAUCGUUACUCCCCGUGAAACAUGUCGGCGGUGCAGCGGAUGAAGGUGGCGAAUGAGCGGCACAGCAAGAGCAUCACUCAGCGGGGACACGUCCAGAAGACAGCGCGUCCAGUGAAUGAUGAUAAAUCUCCAGUAGGUCCAUGGCUCCUCGCCCUUUUUGUCUUUGUGGUUUGUGGAUCAGCCAUCUUCCAGAUCAUCCAGAGCAUCCGGCAGGGCUUGUGAUGCCUUCAGCCCCGGAAGACGCUCUCUCCUCUGGAACCCAGCCAGCAGAAGCCCCGCCCCCAUCCUCCCCUGGGUCUUCUGCCAACAACAACAACACACACACACACACACACACACACACACACACACAGAGCCUUCAUACACCACAAACACAACACACUGCCUUGUACCUCUUACACACACACACACACACACACACACACACAGGUUGUGUGUUCUCUUCCUGUUUUGAAUUGAAGAGUUUUCCAUCCACUGUGACCUCUCGUCUGUCUGUCUGUCUGUCUGUCUGUCUGUCUGUCUGUCUGUCUGUCUGUCUGUCUGUCUGUCUGUCUGUGUUUGACAUGUGUCUGUGAGUCACAGUAAAGAAUCACAUCAAGUUUUCUUCUGGUAUUGAUAACAUUGGUUCUUGCUGAUCACAUCAAGUUUUCUUCUGGUAUUGAUAACGUUGGUUCUUGCUGAUGACAUCAAGUUUUCUUCUGGUAUUGAUAACGUUGGUUCUUGCUGAUGACAUGUUUGUUCUAAUUGGUUGAUACACGUAAGUUCUCAUGCUGAAAGAGAGAUUUUGCAGUAAGAUGAAGUAAACAUUUUAUCAGUCUUAAAGCCACAGUCCUGAACCUGCAGGUGUUGCUGGACCAGUGUGUGUCUGUGUAGGUGCUGGUGAGGUGGUCUGAGCUCCAUCCAGACUGCACAAGUCAGCAGGGCUGCUGUGUCCCAAGCAAACCAAAAAACCUGGUGGAACCUGAGUUGUACUUGUUGAUGUAGUACUUACUAUGUGUUGGUGAAGGUCUUCCACCAGCUUGUUCGGCCAUAUCUUACCAGGCACCAAGCGUCCAUGGUCUGGAUUCUAUUUGGAGUAGCCUCUGACUUCUAUACAUCAGAGGUAGAAAGUAAUACACAACGACAUUUGUUUGCAUGUACAUUUUCAGGAAUGUAACUUUAGAUCGACCUUCCUCAGUUCUCUUCUUUUUCUUCCUCACUCUUUCCUACUCUCUCUCUCUCUCUCUCUCUCUCUUUGUCUGUCUCAUGAUGCAUUCGUUCAGCUCUCAGUAUAUUUCUCUAGGAAGCCAGUGGUGUCUGUCUGUCUGUCUGUCUGUGGCUAACACAUCCAGGGGUUUGUCAGAUGAUCGUAGCCUUUAGCUGCAGGUGUGGAUGAGCCCCUGCUGUCAGGUAGUAGGUAGUGUCUGCACAACAUCAGCUUUCAGCACAGGAACUUUGGUAUCAAGGUUCCACCGCGCCGUUCUAACAGGAUUCUUUCAGCUGGCGGAACACGGGAGGCGCCGGGACUCGUGGCCUGGGUGUUUGUUUCUCGCUGUGUUUGGAGGUCCACCGUUGUUUGGAAAGAGAACUUCUCUCCGUCACACUGAGACUGGACACUGGCGUCUCCUCGGUACCGGACCGGACCUGCCGGAGUCACCAGUCACUCAGACAGGAUGCAGGAAACCUGUGCAGUCUCAGAUCAGAUCUGUAGUCCAGUUGCCAGGAGGCCCUGUGUUUGUUUGGUCAAAAGCUGCUACGUUUAUUUGACCUGCCAACCAUUGAGUCUGGUGUAGUUUCUGACCUCGUGGUUUUACAGGUUUGAGGUCUGCUUCCUGUAAGUUUCUCUCUGAACAGUGUAACUGCGCCGCAACAGGCCGGUAGAGGCACUGCAGACAGACUGCAUGGAACCACAGCGGAAGCCAUGCAAUGGUUUUAUACGAAUAAACAACCAAUAUUUUCUCUGAAUACUUGUGUUGUACUGCGGUUUCUUUCAGCGUUUUAAAGCAACAGUGUUCUAUAUCUGUACAACA